AUGCGACAUUUCUUGGUGAUUUUGCUGUGCAUUUACGUCACUGACGCCUAUUUCAUUCACAUUGACGCGAAUGAGCAGCUGUGCUUCUUUGAGCGUGUCACAUCAGGCACAAAGAUGGGUUUAAUGUUCGAAGUGGCCGAGGGUGGUUUUCUCGAUAUUGAUGUAAAAAUCACUGGCCCGGAUAAUAAGGAAAUUUACAAAGGCGAACGGGAAUCUUCGGGCAAAUACAACUUCGCCGCGCAUAUGGAUGGCCAGUACACGUUCUGCUUCGGAAAUCAGAUGUCGACAAUGACACCGAAGGCGGUGAUGUUCUCGAUUGAAGUCACUGAGCCCCACGCACAAGCGCCUGGUGCUGCCGCAAACGCUGAUGCUGCUGAGAAUCAAAAAUUGGAAGAAAUGGUGCAACAACUCUCCUCGGCGCUCACCUCAGUGAAACACGAGCAAGAGUACAUGGAAGUGCGAGAGCGAGUGCACAGGAAUAUUAACGAGAGCACGAAUUCACGUGUCGUUUAUUGGGCUGUGUUCGAGGCAUUCGUUUUGGUUUCAAUGACGCUUGGACAGGUUUGGUAUUUGAAGCGUUUCUUCGAGGUGCGAACAUUGGUG